AUGGAUCCUGAUACCCACAGCAAGUUGGUCCUGUCUGUCUAUAUUUUCACUUUUCUCACAGGCCUGCCUUCCAACUUGCUGGCAUUCUACACUUUCUUGAUCAAGGUGCGCCGGAAGGCAACGCCAGUAGACAUACUUCUUCUCAACUUGACUGUUUCUGACCUGAUCCUCCUCAUGUUUCUGCCUUUCAAGAUGGAUGAAGCAGCUUCCAAUAUGAGAUGGAGGCUACCUCAGUUCCUCUGCCCACUCACUGGAUUUUUCUACUACAGCAGCAUCUACAUCAGUACCAUGUUCCUCACAGCUGUAAGUGUGGAGCGCUAUCUCGGAGUAGCUUACCCUAUCAAAUACAAGCUUCACCGCAAGCCUAUGUAUGCCAUAGUGGCAAGCAUCAUCAUAUGGCUUCUGGCCUGCGCUAACUGUAGCAUUGUCUACAUUGUACAAUACAGACUUCCAUUGAAUGAGACCCUUUCUAGCAAUUUCACAUGCUAUGAACAGUUUUCGAAAGAACAGUUGGACAUCUUACUCCCGGUACGACUGGAAUUAGGCUUGUUGCUCUUCUUUAUCCCAUUCAUGGUAACAGUUUUCUGUUAUGUAAACUUCAUCAGAAUUUUAAUGUCUCUGCCCAACAUAGCGGCCAAGAGAAAGCAGAGAGCCAUAGGCCUUGCAGUGGCCACUCUCACCAACUUCAUCAUCUGUUUCUCUCCUUAUAACAUCUCCCACAUUGUGGGCUUUAUACAACAUGAUAGUCCGCAAUGGAGGGUGGAUGCUUUGCUGCUUAGCACGUUUAAUGCAAGUUUGGACCCAGUUGUUUUCUACUUCUCCUCUUCGGCUGUUCAGGUCAUGGCUUGUGAUUGUAUCGUUGGAAUAUCAAGAAAACUUAGGACCAUCUGCCCAUGUAAGUUCUCUUCUUCCUGUGAUGCUUCAGUCAAACAAAAUAGUGUGGAUAGAUCCUCAACAUAAGGCUUUGGAAGCUGGAGACAUCACUGUAAAUGCUCUGAGCAAAAGAGAUCAACUUAGCUUUGUACACAGUUUGUAAAACUGAUAGGAGAUGAAAAUCUCAGAGGUCCCCAUUGAUCAAAAUUCAACUUACCAGACUACUUUUAAAGAUGCUGCGACAUUGAACAGUAGAUUCUACUAAUCACAUAGAUAUUGAAUAUCCUAUACAUUCCUGGAUGGUCACAUUUGGAUCACGGCUAUUUUUGUAUGAUCUUCACCAAACCAUUUAUUUACCCAAAUGACACUGCCUGGCCUAAACCAUAACUUCUAACCACAUUCCAUCGCCUGGCUCUGACUAUUGGGUUUGUUGAAAGACGAAAAAUCGGAAUUUCUAUAUGUACAGAAUUAAUUUAUUCUUUUUAUAAAACUAUAAGAUUCUGUCAGAUCUUAAAAAUGUUACAGAUGUAAAUAAGGUUUUUGUGUAAAUUCUGUUAUAAUUUUUGUAUAUCAAUUUUUCUUGUUUUGAUUGGUCAACUGUGUACCGUUAUACCCUACGAUAGUGCUGUCUA